UGGAUCGAUCUAAAUGAAACUUUUUAAUCGCAUGUUUAGUAAUACUCUGACUGGAAUGCACACUUAUUUCUGAUUGCCGACUUUCUAAUUCAGAUAUACGGUUUUGCAUACUAACUACUUGUUGCUCAAAUAAUUUUUGUCUAAGCAUGUACUUUGAUAACUCCAUUUCUACGCGAUUUUUUUCAGCUGUAACAUUAUUUAAUUGUUCUUUCAAUUGAUUUAAUUCAGCAGUAUCUAUGGAUGUUAAUUUCUUGGCAUACAGCAUUCUAAUAUCUUUAGCAGCAGCUUUUCUAUUGCAUUGAGGGCAACGACGAUUUGCACUAGUACAAGAAGUUUGUAGCCACCUUAAAAUGCAACUAUAUCCAAAUAAAUGUCCGCAGCGUAAACAACACAAACGAUGCUCUCCUGAACUAGUCCAUAGGUCCAUACAUAUAGGGCAAGAUUGAUCAGAAUCAACAUCAGACUCAUCUAUAAUUUCUUCUUUUGCUUUCUUUGCCUUUGAUUCGUCAUCUUCUAUAGCACCAGAUUUAUAUUAUAUAUUGAUAGUAGGCUAUACUAAGCUAAUAUAUACAUAUUAAAUAUGAAAUAACUUACUUGUGUCUUCUGGUUCGACUUCAAUCUCUGCAUUAUUAUCAGCAUUAUCAUUAUUAUCGGCAUUAUCGUUGUCAUUGGCAUUUUCAUUGUUAUCAGAUUCUUCAGAACGAUCUUCUUCUGUUCCUUCCAUUUGAGGUGCUUCUUCACCUAUAGUAUUCAAUGAAAAAUUAUAAAAAUAUUAAAUUUGUACUUUAAAUUUCUUGUUUAUAUUUAAAAUCAUUAAAACUUGUACCACAGAAAUUAUUUACAAUACUUAAGAUUUUAUAACAUAAAAUUAUAUAAAGGUAGUUUAAUAAUUUCUAUGUAUAUUUAUAGACAUUUGUAGACAUACUGACAGUACAAUCACGAUAUUUUGUUAUAAAUUCUACGCAUAACUGGUUUAUUGUGAACACUUACUGAUCUCCAUAACCUCCAUUUUAUAAAAAUGUAAAACACAAUAUAUACGUAUAAAUUUGACAAAAAAUGUACGGUUUGUAAAUUGAUUAGAUUUCUUCUUUAAGGAAAAGACACCAAUAUCUUUCUUUCUUUGCAAUGAAAAUGGUAUGUCGUUGACAACAACAAAGUUGUUUACACACAAUGGAAUUUUCGCAUGACCUUUUCCGAACGAAAGUAAUAUGUUAAUCCGUUCAAAACCCUACAUUCACGUCUUAUACAAUAAAUGUACUACUUACACUAUUGUUUAUAUUUACUAUCAAUUUAUUUCCAUAAAUUUUUAUGUCUUAAUUUGAUGUAUUUAUAUCACAGACUUCUCUUGAUGCUUGUCCUUACCUUCUUAAAACUAUGAAGUUUCUUACGACAUGUAAAAUAGUGUAAUUUAUUACAAUUAACUAAAUAAUAGGAUAUAUUGCUUCAUUUUACUUAAAAAAGGAGAAAAAAAAACAUUCUUCUAGGUUAUUUAGCUUGUACCACUGAACGACGUAAGCAUUAUUAUCAAAUCCAAUACACAUGUGUAAUAUGACAUGUACUAAUUAUCAGUUAUCUAAAACGUUAAAAAAAUUUCCUUAAUUACUUGCUAAUUCAUUUAAAUAUUUUCUGGAUUUUAAAAUCUUAUUUUUUCUUGUUAAAAUUUUGAUACAGGAAAAACAUGUACACACAUUAAUAACUCGUAAUCAAAUACAAAAAUAAAUGAAGCAUGUUUAAUAUGCUUAUUUGAAGAAAUUGAAGGUUUCCCUAAUACAAAAAUCAUAUAAAAAUACGAUUUCGAAUAAGAAAACUGGGAAAUCGUUCGACGCUAUCUCGAUAUCAACACCGAUUCCUCAUCAAGUAGACGAGAGGAAAAUAAUAUCAUUUCCUAACUUGCGGUAGUACCGGAAGAAAUUUCGUCGUUGUUUGAUGCAACGGUGUUGUUUCGAAGGUAAAAUAAUGAAGAAGCAACGACCGUGCACGUGGAACGCAUCCCGUUCAGCAAGUUUACCGUCAUCCUUCCUUCAAAGUUCUUCUGUUAAAAGAAAAAAUCUUCACGACCUAAAUCAUCGCCGUUUGCAGCGGUCGGGUCCGAAAUUACAAAUAAAAGCCGCGAAAUACAGUAACCAAUCGGUUUUGAAGAGAGAUGCAUUUGGUUCGUUGGAAUCUUUGUUCGAUUUAAAGAAGCCUCUGAAUUUACCUGAGGUAUACUCAUUGGCGGUCGAAUGCCAUCAAGAGAUUCCUCCGUUUGAAUCGGGAAAUCUCAAAAAUACAAAAAACUUGGUGGAAUUUCUGCUGUUGCAACAAGAAUCUGACCUCGAACCACACAUUCUCAAACAGACUUAUGACUAUCAUAAAAAUAAACCGGAAGCGGUCAAAGAGCAGCCUGGCGUUGAUUUGACUGAAUUGACAAAAAUUAUAAGUCCAACCACUGUGAAAGAAGAAUCACCAAUCAUGGCUGAAAACGAAGUAGAGAAUACAAUGGAGAAAGAACCUGAAUCUGAACCCGAACCUGAAGUCGACCUCGAAGCAGAAGGCAACGAAGAAGUUACGGAAAAAGAGGCCGAAUUGGAAGUUCAGGAUGUCAAAGAUUCAGAUGUACUCUCAGUGCAACCUCCGGAUUUUCCACUUCCUCCUGGCGUUGGUGAAGGUGCUCCCAUGAAACCUGGCGGUCGACGGGACUCUGUGUUGAGCUCGUCACUGUUGACCGAUCCUGCUGCAUUGGAAGAGAUGAAGAAAGCUGACGAGCGUUGCGCCGCUAUCAUGAAAGAGAUUGAAGAAUUAAAGCUCGAAAUUGUUACACUCACGGAAAAAAAAGAAUUGUCAGAAGAGGACACGCUGCUGCUUAAGACUAAGCAGGAAGAAGUAAUGACAAAACUGGCAGAAAUCGAAGAAAUAACGCGACAGCUGCAGAGGACAUUGGGUCUGACUGAUUUCUCGAGCCUCACUUUCAGUAAAAUGUUUGACAUGCUGCCGUACCCGCAUUCGAAAACUAGCAGGAUAGUAGAAGACCCGGUAGAAGAUAAAGCACCAAAGCCAGAGGAUCUCUUUGAUUUACCUCAAAUAGAUUAUCCCGAAGACAAACUACCUAGAGUAAUUGUCUGCGGGCAUACGGAAGAUGAAAUUCCAAAAAUCGUUGUGGCGGACAGCAAGAAGAGGGGAAAGGAUAGAUCUUUGAAAAAUCUGACAGGCAAAUUAACCGAAUCUUUAACCAUGCAAGAGAAAUUAGUACUAGAGAAUGCUCAGCUCGAAGGCGGCAAAUACAAAUUAGAGGAAGCAUUAUUGGAGAAAGACACCGCUGUUGAGAGUCUUCAGAGGAAGGUAUGCGGGCUGCAAGCUGAAAUGCGAAUAGUCGUGAAGGAAAACACGGAAUUGACCCGACAAAUAGCUUGCUUGAAUCAACGUAUCACCAGUCCUUGCUGUUACCCUUGUCCAGGUGGAAAUCAGUCUCCAAGAUCAAGCCCAUCUCCUUAUCGGUCGUUUUCGUACACCACAACGGUACAACAGGACGACGACUAUUGUCCGUGCAAGUGCUGUCUACAGACUGACACAUCGACACCAUACGGCAAUUCCUUGUGCGUAAGAAGAAAUAGUCAAACGUUUUUGAACAGUGCUGAUUCACCCAGACUCGCAGGUGGCGCGUCAAGGACAGGUGCUUUAGUUGCAAGUAGUGCUUCUUCACAAAUCAGCGAAAUGUGCUGUCGGAGUCCUGCUGCUGCCAAGCAACCAUGUCCACCGCAACCACCUAGAGGAAUGUGUCCUGAAGAAUUAGAGCAUCAGCUUGCAUCUUAUGCCAGCAAUAAUAAACAACUAGAACAGCAACUGGGCAACAUGGAAUGCGAAGUGCGUAACAUGCAGAUAGAACUUGCCAAUGUGCAACGGGAACGCCAGCAAUUAGAACAGCAACGUAAGUUGCUGAAAUGCACCGGUCCUUGUGCACCUUGCGGUUGCUGUCCACCUCCUUCGUCCAUGUCCCAUCAAACUUCCGGAUCGCCACCUUACGCACCGCCUGUUCCAAUUCUACCAUCGCCUUCCAUACCUCUUCCCAAGAUGCCGCCCGCGCCUUCUUCAACUUGCACCGGCCCUUGCGUGACUGCGCCUAUGGGCGCUAGCACGUGUCCUCAGCAACAGCUGCGCGACCUUCGCGAACAGUACGCACGUCUUCAGGAUGAUUACAAAAACAAAUUAUGCGAGGUUUCGUGUUUAAGAACAGAUGCCGAGAAACUGAAGCAGCAAACGCGCGAAGCAAUUGAAGAAAGAGAAAAAUUAGACAUCAAACUAGUAGAUGCUCAAGAACGUCUAAAAGCGAUCGAGGCUGAGAAAGAUAAAUAUGAAGGUUUCAAGGAACAAAUGAUCGAACACGAACAACAAUUAAUAGUAGUCAAACAACGUUUCCGGGAGUCGCAAGACGAACUGGAAGAACUGCGAUCGCUGAUCCAAGAUCAAGCCGCCCAGCUCGAAGAUUAUCGCAAUAAAUACUUACAGGCGCAACAACAAGUGGAGGAACAACGGCGGCAGCUUGAUCUCAUGGAAAUGGAUAACGCGCGAAUGAACGAAAAUGUGACCUUAGAAAUUGGUCGGGUCAAGAAUCAAUUUCAAGAGAAACUUGCCGAGCUCGCGCCAUUGCCGGAUCUAUUAAAGCAGACGCAGGUGAAGCUGCAGGAAGCGCAACAGAUGCGGUUGGUCGCUGAGCGAAAUUGCGAGGAUCUAUCGCGGGAUCUUAUAGGGUACAAAGAUAAGGCGCAAACAUUGCAAAAUCAGUUGGAUGUUCUGCGCGCCGAAUAUCAGACUCUUCAGGAGGAAAGAGGAAGUGGCACAGGGCGAUUCGAGGAACUGGAGAAAAAGAACUCGGAAUUGCGGCAUGAGAAUGAACGUAUGAAGAACACGCUUGCCAGAUUCGAAGAGCACGAAGCGCAGUUGCAGAAACGCAUCGAUGAGAAGAUGCAUGAGAUUACUCAGCUAACGGCGAUGCUCGAUCAGGUUCGAGAAGACUCGGCAAGACAAGUGGCGAGAACGAAAGAGAGAUGUGAUACUGUGAGAAGAUCGAUGCAAAGUCAGAUAGCAGAUAUGGAGAGGCAGUUGGCUCAAUGCAGAGCCACUGCGAGAGCUGCGCAAAAGGACAGGGAUGAGAUUAGGCAAAAGAUGCAGGGUCAAAUAAAUAAUCUCAACGAAGCGUUUGAACAGGCCCAAGGUCGUAUAAGAUCACUGCAAGGCCACGUAAAUUAUUUGAAGACAUCCUACAGUAACAUCUUCAAGGGUCAAGGGGAGGCUCCGCCUGGUGUUUUGCCGGGGGAGGCCGGUUCAGGAUUCGACUCCUGUGACUGCAAUUAUUAAUACGAAAUUAAUCAGUGUGUUUAACAAGGUUCGUUUUGAGCACCACAUAAAAUUUUCGUUUUUAUAUGUAAAUACGACUACACCACUACAGUUAAAUUUCUUGUUGUUGAAAAAGUGGUACAUGUCAAACUGUAAUACGAUAUAAAAGAAAUGAUACGAAAUUUUAUUUCAAUGACCAGAUGCUUUAUAAAUUGAAUCGCCGCGAUACAAAACCAUUCACUUGUAUGGUACAAUGCAGUAGCUUUCUCUUUCUUUAGACGUGGAUGCGUUUUAUUUAAUAAAUCGAUCACGUACUGUUUAUAGGCAAUGAAGUAACCAAGGUAAAUAAGAAUGUUUGAUCGUAGUGCGUACACCUUGACUUAACGAAAUUAAGAAAUAGUGAUCUGUACAAGGAAAAAGCACUUAGUUUAAGAAUGAUAAUAGUUUCAUUUAGUUCAUAUCAACAGAAUGAAGCAUAUUGAGCAUGUCGAGAAUUGCAUCUGAACGUGAUCGCACUCUUUCCAUUUC